CUCGCAGCAUGAACCAUUCAGUGGAGCUGUCUUCUUCAGAGGUCCCUGAGGAGUUUGAUGGUGGGACAGCAGUGGCUUGUGUGAUCCUGGGUCUGUCCUUCCUGGUUGGAGCUCCGGGGAACCUGCUGGUGAUCUGGACUAUCCUGAGACAUGUUAAGCAGCGCUCCCACACUGUAGUGCUCCUUCUGCACCUGGCUGCUUCAGACCUGCUCGUCCUCAUCACCCUGCCUCUGUGGAUCUACUCUCUGGUCCACUCCUGGGUGUUUGGAGAACAUUUUUGCAAGGCCUUGGUGUACAUUGUCUAUGUGUGCAUGUUUAGCAGCAUCUUCUUCAUCACCCUCAUUAGCGUGGAGCGCUAUCUAGCCAUCUGUCAUCCAUUUGUGAUGAUGCGCUGGAAGACCAAGAGCAUCAUGAACAGAUUUCUUGCACUUUUGUGGCUCCUUGCUCUGCUUCUGGGAGUGCCUGCCCUACUGACCCGGGCAGUGGAUGAAAGCGAUGGAGCUGAGCAGUGUCUUUCCAUGGAAAUCAGCUCUUUGACCCAUGCAAUCAUCUUCUUAUGCCUGGAGAUCUUUGGGGGCUUUGUAGUUCCUUUCAUCAUUCUUAGUGUUUGUUACUGUCUUGUAGCUGUGCAGCUCAGGAAAAUGACUUUCAACUCCAAACAGAAAUCCAUGGUUCUUGUCCACACUGUGGUGAUUGCCUUCACACUGUGCUGGCUGCCUUACCACAUUAUUAACAUUAUUGAUCUGGUUUGCAUUCUAGGAUCCGGCGCAGAACAUGAAUGUGUUCCGAAGAGUGUUGUCUUUAGCUCUGGUGCCCUUGUUUUCAUCAGCAGUUCAGUGAAUCCUGUGUUGUAUGUCUUCUUUGCAAGGAACUUCCAAGGCAGUUUUGAGGUGUCCCAACUGGUCAGGCUGUUUCAGGAAAUAACUACUCACACAAACAAACUCAGGGAGACGGCAGUACAACAACAGACUGGCCAGAUGGCAGCAAAUACACAAUCAGAGCUGGUGUUGGACUCUCUGUGUGAGAAAAACAUUGGGAAUCCCUGAAGAUGCGAUGACAGGAAAAUGUGACACACGUCUUUUGCAGUUAAUUAGGAGACUACACUUUAUUUGAUCCAGUGGGACAGUGUGUUGUAAUUUAUAUCAUCACCACGUAGUGUACCAUCCUGUUGUUGUUUCAGAUUGACCCAACACAGCCAAACUUAUGAUUAUGAUCUUGUGGUUUUAGGAACAUUUAUAACUAAUGGUUGUUGUUUAUACUUUGUUGAAACGUUUUAAAAUUUGUACUGUUCAGUGUUGUAUAAAGUGGUUUGCAAUUAUAAUUAAAGAUUUGUUUGUUGUCCUGCUUGAGAAAAAAAAAGAAAGAAAAAGAAAAUGCUCCACAUUUCACUUUUAAUGAUUUAAAUGCCUACUUUAAAUUAAAAUUAAAAUACAUUUCUUAAAAAAUAAAUACUGCAGUAUUUUAUAUUAAGCAUGAAUCAGGUAUUCCCACUCAGCCACAUGACAUAGUCUUUGGAAACACUAUAGACUGACGGCUGUAAUACCUUUGACUCACAUAUUUCAAGCAUACUCUCUGACCCACUUCUCUCAAUGAAAGAACCUCCUCCCUCUGGAAUAAAACAACACGAGGGUAGUUUCUACUGCACAACUUUGUAAUUUACUAAUUUUACGUGCUGUUGUUUUUUUAACCUUGUGAAAACAUAAAUAUAAAAUGUGAACAUACUUCAUAUCUGUUUCUGCACAAUUUAUACCAUUAAGCAUUCAAAAAUAAAAUGCUGUGAAAAUUUGUAAAGUUUAUGUAAAAAUAUUGUAUUUUUUUCUUUUUUGUUGAUGCCAAUUAAAAGAAAUUGUAUUGAUUGUGUUAA